AUGGCAGAAGACGAUGUCUAUACGAAAGAUGGAACAACUGAUUAUUGUAACCAGCCUGCCAUGAAGAACAAAACAGGAACAUGGAAAGCUUGUCCUUACAUUCUAGGAAAUGAAUGCUGUGAAAGAUUGGCUUACUAUGGUAUUAACACCAAUCUUGUUAAUUACCUCAAAUUCCAAAUGAACCAGAGGAAUGUUGAGGCUGUUAAUACUGUCACAAAUUGGUCAGGCACAUGCUAUGUGACACCAUUACUUGGAGCAUUUCUAGCUGAUGCAUACCUUGGAAGAUAUUACACAAUCGCUGCCUUCUCUAUCAUCUAUGUUUUUGGAAUGACACUAUUGACAUUAUCAGCAUCAAUUCAAGGGCUAAAACCACUAUGUGACAAAAACAAUGUGUGCAAUCCAACACAGAUCCAAGCAGGAGUGUUCUUCACUGGACUGUACCUCAUAGCCCUUGGAACUGGAGGCAUAAAACCUUGUGUCUCAUCAUUUGGGGCAGACCAAUUUGAUGACACUGAUGAGGCUGAGAAGAAGAACAAGGGCUCUUUCUUCAAUUGGUUCUAUUUCUCAAUCAAUAUUGGUGCACUUGUGGCUUCCUCUGUGCUUGUUUGGAUACAAACAAACGUUGGAUGGGGUUGGGGAUUUGGAAUUCCUGCUGUGGCUAUGGCGCUUGCUGUUGUGAGUUUCUUUUCUGGUACUCGCUUGUAUCGUAACCUGAGGCCUGGUGGGAGUCCCCUGACUCGCAUUUGCCAGGUGGUUGUCGCAUCCUUCAGGAAAUAUAAAGAACAAGUGCCUAGGGAUAAGUCUCUAUUGUUUGAGACUGCAGACGAGGAAUCUGCGGUUAAAGGAAGCCGCAAGCUUGAUCACACAGAACAACUAAGUUUCUUGGACAAGGCAGCAGUUGAGACUCAAUCAGAUAGAAUCAAAGGCUCAGUGAUGGAAUGGAGACUCUGCACAGUGACCCAAGUUGAGGAGCUCAAGUCCCUCAUAAGGCUACUACCGAUAUGGGCCACUGGCAUUAUAUUCUCAGCGGUAUACAGCCAAAUGGGAACCUUGUUUGUGCUCCAAGGAAACACAAUGGACCUUCACCUAGGCAACUCCUCCUUUGAAAUCCCCUCCGCCUCGCUCUCCCUAUUUGACACCAUCAGCGUCAUCUUCUGGGUUCCAGUCUACGACGGUGUCAUUGUCCCAUUUGUUAGGAAAUUCACAGGCCACAAAAACGGGUUCACCCAACUUCAAAGAAUAGGAAUUGGGUUUGUGAUCUCAGUCUUUGCAAUGUUGGCUGCUGGGACUUUGGAGCUUGUGAGACUCAAUGAGGUGAAAAAGCACAAUUACUAUGACCUCAAGCACAUCCCCAUGUCAAUCUUUUGGCAAGUGCCACAGUACUUCAUUAUUGGGUGUGCUGAGGUUUUCACAUUUAUUGGGCAACUGGAGUUCUUCUACGAGCAAGCUCCUGAUGCCAUGAGGAGCUUGUGUUCUGCUCUCGCGCUGAUAACGACUGCGUUAGGGAGCUAUUUGAGCACAUUUCUUGUGAACAUUGUGACUAACGUGAGCACAAGAAAUGGCAAAGCUGGUUGGAUACCAGAUAACUUGAAUUAUGGGCGCCUUGACUACUUCUUCUGGCUUUUAGCUGUGUUGAGUGUGUUGAAUUUGGGGUUCUAUCUUAUGGUUGCUAGAUGGUAUACUUACAAGAGGGCAGUGGUUCCUAGUCAUUGA